GACGUCCAAUAGCCUGACCGGGGGCUCUAGUCGGCCCCCUCCUCACAGGAGAUCCUCUCCGCUGAAGACCAGCGUAGACGCGGGUUAGCCACGGUUGCGAGAUCACCAUCACCACCACACGCAAGAAUUAACGGGCCGAGAUUUCCUCCCUCACCAACUCGCAGCAUCCAGUCUGAUAAUUACUUCCAGCGAGAACCACCGUGCAGCAACCAUGUCCGUGGCGGGGCUGAAGAAGCAAUUCCACAAAGCCACUCAGAAAGUGAGUGAGAAAGUUGGAGGUGCAGAAGGAACCAAGCUCGAUGGAGACUUCACUGAUAUGGAAAAGAAGAUGGACACCACUGCUCGGGCAGUGAUGGACAUCAUCACCAAGACCACCGAGUAUCUGCAGCCAAACCCAGCCACCAGAGCCAAGAUGAGCAUGAUGAACUCCAUGUCGCGCAUGCGGGGGCAGGAGAAGGGACCCGGCUACACGCAGACCGAGGUCAUCCUGGGAGAGUCCAUGCAGAGGUUCGGCAGGGAGCUCGGAGAGGAGUCCAACUUUGGCCUCGCUCUGAUCGAUGCUGGGGAAGCCAUGCGUGAGCUCGGGGAGGUUAAAGACGCUCUGGACAUGGAGGUCAAGCAGAACUUUAUCGAUCCAAUGCAGAACCUCCACGAAAAAGAUCUCAAGGAGAUUCAGCAUCACCUGAAGAAAAUGGAGGGUCGUCGCCUGGACUUCGACUACAAGAAGAAACGAUCCGGCAAAGUGACAGAAGAUGAGCUAAAACAGGCACUCGAGAAAUUUGACGACUCCAAGGAGAUUGCUGAGCUGAGCAUGUUCAACCUGUUGGAGAGUGAUAUUGAACAGGUGAGCCAGCUGGCUGCGCUGGUGCACGCUCAGGUGGAGUACCACAGCCGCGCCGCCGAGAUCCUCACACAGCUCUCCAGUAAGAUCGACGAACGGAUAAAGGACACUACCGUCAAACCCAGGAAAGAGUUUGCUCCUAAACCACGCACGUCUCUGGACUUCUCCAUCAGUGAGAACCACAACGGAGGCCUCCACGGUGCGCGCUCUCCAGGGGCGAGGUCUCCAGCAAGAUCUCCAGGUGAGAGAAGGCGACUUGGGAUGAGAGGCAAAAUCUCUCUAUCUCCAUUAUUUUCAUCCUUCUUAAUUGACUUCUGUGCAUGUGUGUUUUUUGUUUUGUUUGCAGUGCAGCUCGUCUGCAGUGCUGUUUUUGUGCGUUAUAACCUCUAGUUUCUCUUUUGUACCUUUUUUUUUAAAAUAUUGAUUUGAUUGCGUUUACUAGCUUAUUUGUAAAAAGAAUAAUACAAAUCUAAUGUGCGCAUGCCUAAUAUGAAGCUGCAGCCAGUUAGCUUAGCAUAAAGACUGGAGACCUGGGGAAGCAGCUAAGGCUUCAUCCAAGCGUCAUGAGCACAUCAAGCUCACAAACCUGCUUUCUGGCUGCAUCCUUAACAGACAGAUAUGAUACCUGUAUCAAUCGUCCUAUCGACCUGCUGUAUCAAACGUACAACUAUUCCUAUGACUCGUUAUGGUUUCCUGGUAACUGAUGGUCAUGUUUUUGUAUUUCUCUCUUGUGCUUUGUUUACUCCUCUCUGCAUCUUCCUCUUCUAUUUCCCUCUUCCAGGCAGGUCCCCAGCCCCCCUGGACCAGCCCUGCUGUCGCUCACUGUACGAUUUUGACCCGGAGAACGAAGGUGAGCUAGGCUUCAAGGAAGGCGACAUCAUCACCCUGACCAAUAAGAUCGAUGACAACUGGUACGAGGGGAUGCUGAACGGCAACUCUGGCUUCUUCCCCAUCAACUACGUGGAUAUCCUGGUGCCGCUGCCCCACUAGGACGUCACCACUACCAGCUGAGUCUGUAAACGGUGACUAAACAGAGCCCCUCCCCCCCCUAAAACCCCCCCCCCACCACAGUACCCAGUACUCCCAGUAAGCUGUUCCUUAACAUCCCCACCAACCACCAGUGCUCCGCUUGAAAGGAGUCAAAACAGCAACAACACAAUAACAAGCGAAGAUUGGUGACAAAUUAAAGCGAGUGUGCACCAAUUGAGCGUAAAAACUUUAAAUGAGGAAAACUCUACGUUUAUGUGGUUACGUCCCCCCCUUUUAUCCCGGGAGGUACAUUCAGGCUUCCGUAGUCUCUUUUCUCCACUUCUGUCCCAGCUACUGUCUUGGUUUUCCGUUGGCUGUCAUUCCGUCAUCACUUUGUGAGUUUAUCAGAGCAGCUUUGCAAAAACCGCGCUUUUCUCUCACUCACUGUACUUUGUGGAAACCUCUGCAGUAGAUAGAAAAAAAAUUGGUCCACGUGCUUCAUGUUUGUUAGAGACUCUAGGUCAAGCAUGGUUUCAAAUGUUUAACGUUUUAUCUUAUACGAAAAUAUGUUGAGCUGAUUUUGUUUUUGUUCGAAUAUUCCUCUUGUUUUUUUUAAAUGGCUGCCAUCUCUCGGCAUUCGCUAUCCUGUCCAAACGAUGUCCUCUCCUUCUAACUACUCAUAGAUUUGACUAGUUGACAACUAACGGCAACGAUUACCCAUCCUGUUUUUAUUUCAUACAUAUCAACAUGUGCAUGUGAUUGUGAUUGGAAACCAAAGUUACCUACAGAGUCAACUCCAGUUUUUAGCUUUAAGACUUCCAGACAGCACGGUGUCAGCGAAUCUGUUCGAGGCAACGGGACGAAGCUCUGCAGUCUGUAGCUCUUCGGUAUUUCAAUCGGGAAGAUUGAAACUGUGUUCUUAAAUACGUGACAUUACCUUUCUGAGCCAGUGAUUAGUGGAGUGAUGACAUGAUUUGCAAAAAUGAGUUGUGCAAGUUGUUCAAACUGUUUGAAGUGAUGUAAGAAAUCUACGGUGCAUAAGUUUCAAUCCUCCAACGUGUAUUUUAUCAGCAGCUUGUGUGAAAAAUGGUUGAUGUAUUGUGAUAUAAUAACUUGUAGGACUUAACUGUUCAUCGGGGCAAUCGUUUCUUCUGCAGCCAAAGGUUUAGCUUUUAUUGCUGCAUCCCUACUAGUCCUCUUAGUAUUCUGUGAUGUAGCUGUCUAUAAGCUAUUGAUUAAGGCAGAACUAGACAUAGCCAGGAGUGCACAAAUGGCCGAAUGGAAUGAGAACUUUUUUUUCCCCGUCUUGGUGGAAAUGUUUUAUUCAUUGGAAUGAUGCAACAUACAUUAAAAAAAAAAAAAAAAAAAAAAAAAACUUUCUCCAACAUCAUUUAGACUAAAAGCUACUGGUUUACCCUUUUCAUGUCAUUUAAGUCCUCAGAAAAAAAUGCAAGAUUAUAUACAUGUUGAAUUAUAUUUCACCCGCUAUGUGGUUGUAUGCAGUAUUGUGUGCGAUUUAAUGUUUAAUUUAUGUACUGAACACCUAGAAGUCCAACCCGACUCGUUCAUCACAGUACGUUUUAGUCCAGCAGGAAGGUGCUGUCAGGCACUAUCCCUGGGGUCUUAAAGUAAAGUAUUAACCCUACUGCAAGGUAUCUGUGCGGCGGGUUACACUAUUCUUCACCCAUCUUGUAUUAAUGUUGUGCGUGUCCUUUGGGCGGUGGGGUCUGGGUCUGCAUACAGCGCAUGUCGUGCACAGGGACUGGGGGGGUUGCAGAGGACUUCUGACGCUGAGGUGUCUCUGACGGUGUUGCACAUGAAAAGAAACAUGGAUGUCUCCUUGAUCAAAUGACAAAUUCAUUAUAUUACGUAGGGAUACAAUAAAUCGUGCAAUAUCAACUGAUACCCGUAACAGGUGUUGUUUUGUUCCUGAGGGAAGCACAACCUCAACAGAGAGUACACUCGUUGGCUGACGAAGACUAACGUUGCAGUUUAGAGGUCAUACAUUUAUUUUUGAAAGCAAAACUGUUCCUUUUAUUCUCUUUUCUCACUUUUUUUUAAAACAAUUGUGUGUAUCUUUGCCCUCAAUGAGGACUGUACAGCUUUUUCUGUGUUUUUGUUUUCACCUUGUGUGUAAAACCGCGCAUCCACAAUAAACUUGUGUUUUUUUGUAACUGUGACAAGAGUAUACACAUAAAGUAUAGAUGUAUAUACACAGUAUAUUAUCCAAAAAGCAAUGUGAAAGGAGGGAUUCUCUGUGCUGCACAUGAUUGUCUUUGGAUUCUUUUUGUUUUUCUUUGUUUUUCUGUUUUUGUUUUAUUUUAUUCUUGCACUGGAUUCUAAGACUGUAUGCUUGAUGUAAGGAAAAAUGUUAUAAGUCAAUGUAAUUUAUUCAAAUAAAAAUUAAGAAAUAAAAAAUG